CCUUGGGAGCGGGUCGGACAGGGCACCGUUCGUCAGACAGCUGGACGUCUCGGCUGCGGUGGAAGACGCAGCGGCUCUUCGCUCUGGUUGCAAAGUUAAAUGGUUGAGCGGACGAUCUGAACCGAGCAGCAGGAUGUCUGAGUUUAGCGAGGAGCCGCGCUUCACUAUUGAGCAGAUAGAUCUGCUGCAGCGGCUGCGGCACUCCGGCAUGACCAAGCAGGAGAUCCUGCAUGCGCUCGACACUCUGGACCGGCUGGACCGGGAGCAUGGCGACAAGUUUGGUCGCCGCACCUCUUCUUCCUCAUCUUCCUCAUCCUCCUACGGAGUAGGCGGGGCAAGCAGCUGCAACAACAAUUCUGCCUCGAACACAAAUACCACAUUCAACAAUAACAACACUGCCUCGGCAACAACCACCUCUUCUGUGACAUGCAACGGCAACAGCGGCGCCAUCAGCAACGUCGAAAGAAGCGCUGGCGUUCACUCUGCGGCGGCCGCCACUUCUACAACCUCCAAAAUCUCCACCGCCACACAGACGCAGCUCGGCAGCAGCGGGGGCCUCUCGCUGUCUCCUAGCAACAGUUACGACACCUCCCCGCCUCCAGGGCCGCCACCGCCCUCCGCCAUUCUGCCAUCACCAGUCAGCCUGGUGGCGCUGUCGCAGAACGGGCGUGAUAGCUUAGCUGCUACACCCAACGGGAAGCUGUCUCCUCCACGGUAUCCAGUGAACAGCGCGGCCGCAGCGAGGGCCUUUGGGUUCGAAGCCACAGAGGAAGACCUGGACAUUGACGACAAGGUGGAGGAACUGAUCAGGAGGGACAGCAGUAUGGUGAAGGAGGAGAUCAAAGCGUUCCUGGGGAACAGGAGGAUCUCUCAGGCAGUCGUGGCACAAGUUACCGGCAUCAGCCAGAGCAGGAUCUCCCAUUGGCUGCUGCAGCAUGGCUCUGACCUAAGCGAGCAGAAGAAGAGGGCCUUCUACCGCUGGUACACGCUGGAGAAAACCACACCAGGUGCCACCCUCAACAUGCGGCCGGCUCCGUUGCCUCUGGAGGAGAUGGAGUGGAGGCAAACCCCGCCCCCCCUCACCACUGCCCCCGGCACCUUCCGGCUGCGUCGGGGAAGUCGCUUCACUUGGAGGAAAGAGUGCCUGGCUGUGAUGGAGAGCUACUUCAACGACAACCAGUACCCAGACGAGGCCAAACGGGAGGAGAUUGCAAACGCCUGCAACGCUGUGAUUCAGAAACCAGGGAAGAAGCUGUCCGAUCUGGAGCGGGUCACCUCGCUGAAAGUUUACAACUGGUUCGCCAACCGUCGCAAGGAGAUCAAGAGACGGGCCAACAUUGAAGCCACAAUCCUGGAGAGUCAUGGUAUAGAUGUCCAGAGUCCUGGAGGACACUCCAACAGCGACGACAUCGAUGGAAAUGACUUCACAGAGCAGGCCUGUGACCUUCCCUAUUUCGACAAGAGACCUCUCAGCCGACCAUUUGGCCUUUACCGACUGGAGCCCACCUCCCCAACACAGGUAAUGUCUCGGUGUCUGUGGCUGCAGGGGGCACCGCUCUCAGCAAGAGUCCAAAACGAGGCCAAGAGAAACUCAAAUCAGGCAGAGGUUAAAAAGGAUGACAGCGCAGCACACAGCGAGCACCAGGACCCCAUCUCUCUCGCUGUAGAGAUGGCCGCCGUCAACCACACGAUCCUGGCCCUGUCCAGAACCGGAGGGGUCCCCAGCGACAUCAAGACGGAGUCCCUGGAGGACGAGUGAACCGCACGGGACCCGGGAUGUAGGGAGGAGUAAAAGAGUUUAGAAACGGGGGAGGGCUUUAAAAAAACAGACUGAACCUAUUCUACUUAGUAAACCUCACGAAUCGGUCCCUCAGCCAGCCCCCCCUGCCAACUGCUGCCUGUCACAGCCUCCCUCCUCCACUUCCCUCCUCCCACAUGCCAUGUAAACAGUAAUUACCCCCCCACCCUCCACGAUAUAUUGACACAGCUUGUAGAGAAUGGUCACUCUAUGUCCUCUGAGCUCUGUGACAAUGUUCCAUGGAAAGGAGUCAAGGUGGCAAUCCAGGCCUUUAACCCCAAAAUGCUGGCUCUCUUCUGGGAUCGUGUCUCCCAGGAACUCGCCCCUCUCCUUCCUCAAUAGACACACUCCUCACAGGAUACCUCUUCUCUUUCCUCUCUCUCUCUCUCUCUCUCUCUCUCUCUCUCUCUCUCUCUCCAGCCUGGUUGUCUGAGCCGAUCCUCUGUCUAUCUCACCUCAACGUCAACCUCAGUAAUAACAUGUACUGUAUAUAUAAUACAUAUUUAUAUAUAUCUGGUUCUUAUGGUUCUCAGUCACACUCACCUCGCGGUGUGGUACCUACCUACCCCUCAAAAUGUUACCUUCUUCAUUGUGCAAUUCAUCGAAAGGGCAGCCUCCAGCCAUCGUCUUGGGAAAGAUGGAGGGAGGGCGUAUCCUUCUCUCGCUCUCUGGCACCAAGGCUGUCAGAAAGGCUCAUACUGGCAGACAGAACUGUCCCGUCACUGUCCUCAUUCUCUAUAGUUAACAUUCCUCUGUGGAAUGGCUUUGUUUUCCUACUGUAGAGCUGCUCUUGGAUGAAAACCUAUAAAAAGACGUAGCCUUAAUUCCAUACAGACAACCUCACAUUAUCUUUUUGCCGUAUACAGCAGGUUUAUUUCCUUACAGGGAAGAAUAAUAAACUUUUUAGUGCACAUGUUAAUGUGAAGGUUUAUAUCCAACAGCAGCAGUGUUUUUACUUCUUUUAUUGCAUUUCCCUGUUGUUUUAAGCCCAACUGGUGACUGGAUAUACGGCCAUUUUGCCUUGGUAUUUAGCUUCCCAGUGAUACUGUUGUUGAAUACCUGAGGCUAUGAGAAUCAAUUUAGGGUCAAUGUGAUAAUUACGCAAACUUAAGCUAAUAUAAUAAGGGGAACUGUGCUUUGUUUUAAAUGUCAUCCAUGCCAAAGGAAAAGAUGCUUGGAGCAAAAAGCUAAGAGGCAAAGCUAAGACUAAUCUAAAAAUGGUGUUCAUGUCGAUCCAAAGCGAUUUCUACUAACUCCUUCGGUGUACGUAGUAGUUUAAUCAUGUUCAGUGAAGCCUCAUGUGGGCUUCACCCUACAGCUGGCCUGUGUCAGUAAAGAUGGGUAUUAGCAGCCAGACAUAAUGAUAAAAUACCCCUAAGCUAUUUACUACUCGUUACUCGUUCUGUGACGCUGCCUCUUUAUAAUCGCCUAAAGAAAAGUGCUUUGAGAAGAUUUUUUUAUUCCUAUCGGUGGUAUUGAAAUUAGACUAAAUUCACUGGUGAAGAGUUCAUCAGAAGGACUUGUGCGUCUGUUUAUUUUUUUACUUCUCUAAAGCCUCAAUGGUUGAAGCAGCACUUUGAAGGGAAUCCGAAUCAAGAUACCUAAAGUGGCGAUUUGGAAGAUAAUUAUCGACCAUGUAUUCUUUCUUAUUAUUUUAUUUGCCCCGUGUGGAAAUUUUCCAAAACCAUCUUUGUCUAAAGGUCAUUGUAAAGUCACGUGCAGAAGUGAAAUGUUCCUUCAGAGUAUUAAGACCCGUGUUUGUCAAGUAUUAGCACUUUGUCAGUCUGAGACUGAUAUUUCAGAUUUUACCUUAGGUAAAGUAAGAUUUAAAAAUAGUUUGAAUCUUUUGGGAAAAUGUGAUUGUUAUCACUCAUGUCCGUGUGCUAAAUAUGAAACUAGAGCGGUAGCCCUUAGCUUAGCUUAGCACAAAGACUGGGAAACAGCUGGUCUGAUUCAUUCAAGGAAAACCUAUUAGCAUAUCUGAAGCUCACUCAUUUGCAUGCUGUAGUUAGUCAUGCAAAAAAUACAAGACAUUGUGUUAUGGUGGUUUGACUUUAUUAUGGCCAUAAACAGCGACUUCCUAAUCCCUAUUUCAGGCUUUUAAACAAAGAGGUGCUAGCAAAUAAAAAGUUAAGGACAGAAUCAGGAAGAAUUUUUUUUUCUCUUGCUUCCAGUCUUCAUGUUAACCUUAGCUUUAGCGUCACGUUUAGUUUCACCCACCAGUUACAGUUCAUGUGUUUGUAUAUUUAAACAUACCAGAAAUAAGUGUUAAGUAAUGAGCUGUAAGAAGGUGGACUUAUUUUAACAUUUAGCCAAGUCUACCGUCCCCCUCUGCUUCCAAUCGUUUCUAAGCUAACACACUCCUAGCUUUGGUUUCCUAUUUAGCGUAGCGACAUGAGAGCGUUGUCUAUUUGGCAACAAAAAAAAAAACAGAGAAGCACAUUUCCCUGAAUGUCGAGCUAUUUCUUUAAAGGAACAGCUGCCUUAGUGAUGGUUUUGGAUAAGUGGGAAAAUAUUCUACAAAGCAGGAUUUAAACAAAGCAGUCGACCAGGACAGAAAGCGGCCUAUCAAAUAAUCUCGUGUGAGGAUCCUGUCAGUACGAUAUCUUCCAGCUCUGUGCUAACUGUCUAGUGAACUAGUUAAUUCUACUUCUUCCAUAUAUACAAAGCUGCGUUACAGUGACUGGGACCUUUGUUUCAAAAAGAAAGGGUGGAAAGAUUCAAAACAAUAUGUAUUUAUACUCAGUUUUUAUGGUAAUGUAAACAAAAAAAGAAUGACAUAUGUUUUUGAAAUGAAACAUGCUUUUAUUGUUAUGUUUGCUUUUUAAUUUCUCCUGACUUAUUGUUCUAUCAUCAUUUAAAACCGUUUCUUUUUCUUUUUGGUCACCCUUUGUUCGGCUGAACAACAGUCUCCCCCCUGUUUGUGUCCGAGCUAGUAAGCUAUUUUGUGAGAGAUUUAAAGAAAAAAAGAUGCACCUUAUGAAAAAUUGAGACUAAGCUUGACGUUUAACCUUCCUUCCCGCAAGCCUCACUUUGAAAAGACAAAACGUCCAAUAUACGAUAAAGGGGCUGGUGUCAAUAAACAGUUCAGCACAGUUGCUUCUGAAAUCAUAUGAAAUAAAAGCCCCAGAAUGUGGAUUUUCUUUUUUAAAUGUCACACCAAACUUCAUAGAGAAAUGUAGCAUUUUAACAUUGACUUUAUAUAUUUAAAAUCAUGAUAUGCCACAAAUAUAUUGUUAUAUUUCUGACUACAAUUCUAUCUUAUCACUAGAUAGUGAUUCCAUGUAUGAAAAUACAAGGUUACAUUGUGUUCCAUUGCCCUAAUAUUGAAGUUAAUGGAAACACAAAAAUUGUGUUUUGGACAAAGACUAAAUCUUAAACAGGAGUUGAUCAACUCCUUUAUUAACUGAUUCACACUCCUCACUUGCCAAGCACUGAGUGUGUUUUCUACUUGAAGGGUUUGGUGUGACAAUAAUAAAGAAUAGUGUGUGUUAGAAAUAGUAAAAUAAAACCUGUGUGGAAGGAAAACAAAUCAGAAGAGCGCAUUUAGAGAUUAUUCUCUCGGUAUCAAAAGCUUCUAUUAAUUGCCUUCAUGUUUGAGAGAUGCCGUCACGGCCCCUUUAGCAAGUACAAGUUUUAAUCCGGCAGUAUUUUAUGAGCGUGUUCGAGCUUGACAGAAAUGUUCAUGGGAUGGAAGAAAGAACCCUAAGGUGCUCAGGAAGUGAAGAUUCUGUGCUUUUCCAGGAGAAAACAGGGAAAACGAAACAGCCUGAAACCUUAAAACGGGCUCUUCUCCAUCAGCGGUGCUUACUCUGAAGGGGUGUCCUCUUGUGGUGUGUCAGGGUCAACACGUCUCCAUGUCUGUCUGUGUCCCCGGUGAAACACCAUCCACCUCAUCCCGAUAUAGCUCUGAGAAAGACUGAAUGCUGUUGUAUCAAUCUUCGAUCUAGUUAUGUUCAAAAUUACUGUAUUGCCCAUUUCAGAAUUUAGUGCCUUUUUUGGACAGUAGACUGUUCUGUAAUUAAGAUGUAGUAUAUAAACAUUUUUUGUACAGUUUCUUUGUUCAUUUUUUUAUCUUCUGUUUAUUUUAGUAUGAUAUAUAUAAUGUACAAGAGAAUAAAGCUAUAUCAACGAGA